UAUGAUGGUAGUUUUGGAUUGGUUAAGAAACUAUAUUGCAAAACAACGAUAAAUUGUGUGAACGAUAUUGUUGAAGUUGUGAAAAAAUCGAGUACAACUGGAUUAAACAAGGCUCAGCGUUAUAACAACGGAAAAGCCUUUCAAUAUUUAAAUCUCAAUUCUGUGUUGGGAAUUUUCUUUAAGAAAUUGAGUGGUUUACAAAAAUAUCAGCAUUUCGUUUUUGAAGCAACUAAUCCUGGAAUUGUCAAAGCUCAAAUGGUUGCUAAUGGUGCUUUUACUGAAUUUAAUUUGUUAAAAAGUAGAAAAACAAGUGUUUCGGAAAUUAUCAAAGAAAUUAAAUCUUUAUCUAUUUUAAUAUUAACACAACCUCCAUUGGAUUACAAACGGCAAGAAUAUCUUUAUCACAACAUCUGUCCAUUUGUCAGAAAUGAAUUUAAAGACAUCACUUGUCCAAAGCCUGUGCAAAAAAAAAAAUGUAUGGCUUGUAUUAAGCAAUGCAAACCUAAUGAGAAAGGGCAACUUAAAAGCUUAAUUUCAGAAAAUGAAACAAUGCUUGCUUCUGUUAAUCCACAGCCUAAUUCCAAAGCUCAUACAGUAAUAGUUACCAAAUGCCAUACCGAAGACUUACUUGGUUAUCGUCUUAGUAUUUCAGUAGGAAAAUUGGGGUCACAAAAUAUGCCACCUUAUUUUUAUAUGCGAGUAGUGCCAAAAUAUAAUGUAUUGGGCAAAGGAACCACUGGAGUUAAAGAGCAUUACCAACCAGCAACUCCUGAGCAAGAAAAAGAAAUUAAUGAAUCUCUUUCCCCAAACAAGGAUGACAUCAUUGUUGAAAAGAAUAAAGUAAUUGCCAAAUUACGUAAUGAUAAAUUUCCUGGCUAUGCAAUCAUUCUUACUAAAGCACAAUUGCCCCCUAAUAUCAACAACAUAGACCAAGAGACAUGA